AACGACAAUUAUUUUUUCCACUCGCAUAUAGUGUCCGUCGCCGCCGGACAACGGCCUCGUACUGUCGUCCACCACUUCGGGCACAUUGCGGACAAACUCCCGGAGCCCUCCAUUAUCUCUGUCGCCCAUACGGGGCAACCAUAGCAUCUGCACCGCCGAUGACGAGCUGCUAAUGGAUCAGACAAUGAUUGAGCACUGCGUUGACCACCGGUGCGCCGAUACCGGCACCACUACGGCAAUUGUCACGUGCGCUGUCUGUCCGCCACAAUCGCUCACCACAAACACCUCAACCAAUACUAAAGGCAUCUUAAAGUAUAAUAAAUCGCCAAAUAGUCAUACAAUAGGCUCAACAACAGCGGCCACAAUGGGUCGCGUAAAGUGUCCGCAGAAGUGUUGCGUGUCGUGCCGUUACGUGACAAACCCGAGGGUACCGGAGCUCCGGUACGACUCGAUCGGUAUUGACCGCGAAGAGCCCGAUAUAACCCAUGAGUACAGCCAUACGUGAGAUUUAUAAAAAAAUGUAUAAUUUUGCACGUAAUAAAUGAAUUCAUCGGACGAUUGUUACAAUAUUACUAUUGUUGAUAUAACUGAAUGCCAUUUUUUAAAAACAAC